AUCGUCUCCAAGCCGAUCUCGGGGUCCUCUCGAAGCCGAUCCACCCGCUUGUCGUCCUCGUGAACACGCCUUGGCCCGGCAUCGCCUCGACUUUGAAGCUCCCCUUAGCCACCGUCCACCAUGCAGGCCUUCAGGACAGCCAUCUCGCUGUCGCAUCCUUGGUCGCAUUUCAAGCGCACGCAUUUCUCGACCCUGUCGGCCCUCCGCCAUGAAGCCUCGGCCCCUGACUUCAACAUCCAUCUGCACGCCGAGUCGCAACAGUCGCAGCAACAGCGGCACUAUAAUCCCACCCAAAAGAUCCUCGUUAGCGCCCUCAACUUUGUGCCCACCCACGGCUGGACGGCCGACGCCAUCAUGGAGGGAUCCAAGGCUCUGGGCUAUUCCAACGUUGCCCACGGCCUGUUCCCCCGCGGCCCCAUCGAGCUGGUCGAGUUCUUCAUCAAGGACUCGACUGUCCGCAUGCGCGACGAGAUGAACCAGCUGGAUCUCAAUGCCAUGAAGACCACUGCCAAGAUCAGAACCGCCUGCAUCACCCGUAUGAAGCUGACUGCCCCGUACAUCCGCAAGUGGCCCGAGGCCGUUGCUCUCCUGGCCCUGCCCCAGAACGCCGCCAACAAUGUCGCCAACCUUGGAGAGCUCGUCGAUGAGAUGUGGUACAUUGCCGGGGACCGUUCUGUCGAUAUGAACUGGUAUACUAAGCGCGCGUUGCUUGCCGCUGUCUAUACCUCCACUGAGCUCUUCAUGACCCAGGACCGCUCGCCCGAAUUUGCGGAGACGUGGAAGUUCCUCGACCGACGACUGCAGGACACGGCAUUUGUAGGACGAAGCGCUUCAGAGAUCAAGAACAUAGCUGACUUUGGUGCCAAGACGAUUUGCGGGAUUCUCUCCUCGCGUGGCAUUCGCUUCUAGACUCCGGAGUGAAUGAAACAAUGAAUGAAUGUGCAUUUCAGCGCCGUGCAUCCCGUGGAGCGCCAAAUCACAUUCGAGCCGGGGCCAGCGGUGCUUCUGAGGGCCCUCGCCGCCGGAUCGAUGGAGACUCCAGCACCAGCACACAAACCAUAACAGCGUGUGUCUGACCUGCGCGAGAUAUACACACAAGGCUCGGAAUACUCGGCAUAUAUUCGAUGGCGCGUGAAUGGAGCCAACACCACAUGUGAAGAAUAUA